GGUUUUCUUUCCAGCCGGUCACUAAAGCAGGUGAUUUUAAUGAUCAACACCUUCAGUUUGAGGGAAGGAGCUCAUCAAAUAAAUCACCUGCUGGAGGUGGUCGGAGAGAAUACCUGCAGCGUCUCGGCCCUCCAUAGCACGAGUUUGACACAUGUGACCUAGAGGCUUUUGCCUUUUUAUAUAAGCUAUUUCUGGAGUGGAGGUAAUAUUUAUUGUUCCUACAACCUGGAUGAGCAACAAGACUUGUCAGGCUCUGUACAACCACAAUAAUAGUAAGCAAACGUUUCGAUACAGCUCUCAUCAUGUGUAAUUGUGAUACAUGUGCUCCGUCAGUGUACAUUGUGUGUUUGUGUGCUUCUACGUACCGAUGAGCCUCUGUAGGCACUGUGCAGUAUCCUAAAGGGGCUCACCCUUUGCCAUCUUGUACAGGAUGGUUCUGAAGUUGAAUGGGAGGCGGACACAUCCCAUCACCUCCACCACAUGCUGCUUUCUGUUUGGUAUGUCGUACUGCAGCCACUGGAUUGCAGCAUCAUAAACCUGAAAGGAGAGGAUACAGCAGGAGUCGCAUGACGCUGACGUCAUUUCGGAAUGUGGACUCCAUUGUACGAAAUAAGUGAACCGAAAACACUUUGGGAUACUGUACAUCAGAUCUGCAGAAAAUGCUCCGUUGUCUGUGCACUUGCUGCCACUCCAAUGAAAACAACGAGGCAGCCUCUCCUGCAGCCCUGCCCAUCUCAGCCAAAUGGAGCCGAAUCUGCCAGGCUAACAAGGCCAGUAAAAAAUGAUGCCCAGCCUGCGAAGCGCAUGGGUCGACUGGUGAUGAGGCGGGUCUGCGUGCAAGAACUGGAUCUGAGGUUUUCUGAUGUGGCCGAGACCUUCAAUGAGCUGCAAGAACGCUAUGAGUCCGUGGUUCGACACAUCAGAAACCUGCAAAAAAAUUGCGGCUGUGCUUUGAAUGACGAUCAUCUGACUAUAUCCCAUUGUGUGGGGAAGAUCUGUGAAGAACACAGGAACAAAUACACAGUCUUCCUAAGCAUGAAGGGCUAUGACUUUACCCUCUCCGUGGUGCCUGUGGGGUCCCCAGGGCAAAUGAAUGAGCACUUGGUGUCUCCAGCUCUGCGAUUAGCUCAAGAAGAGGUGAAGUGCACUUCCGAGAACACAAAGGCCGUCAUAUCCAAGGGUACGACUCUUCAAGAGUUAAUUGGUUGGCUGCUCCGUAGCAAGGUUCAAAUGGCCGAGCAGGUCAAGAAGGUCGCAGAGACUUACCAGGAGCAGGGAAGACUUAAUGAGAAUUUGGAGGAGAACAUGAAGCAAGUGAGAAGGGCGAAGGAGUUGUCCCUGAAAUACAGACAGCGUGCUGGAGAGGUCCUUACUGAGGCAGCUCAAAUUGCUGGUGCUCCGUUGUAGUUUGUGCUUGUUUCUUAACUAACUUCACUGACUAAACUCCAUGGUAAUCGCACAGGCACAAAUAAUGUAUUGAUAUACUUUUCUGGAGAAUGCUGUGAUUGUAUCAUAUUACUUACAAUAACUAUUUUUUUGUCUUUUGAACUCAACAAUUACUGAUAAAUCUGGCUUUUAAUUUGUGUUGUAGUUGUCGAACUUCCUUGCGUAACCGCCAGGGGGCAGUAGACAUACAUGGACUAUACAGAAGCCCUUACAAGAGCGAAGCCCUUACAAGAGCGACUCCCUGGGUCAAGAGAAAUGUAAGGUCAUGUUGGGGUUAUUUUUGACCGUCACCGUGGCUAAAUAUAAUUCUUCUUUAGCACUCUAAGACUGCUAUAAACAGAAUAUUCAAUUAUUUUGAUGUGCCUUGGUUCUUAUUUCA